AACACUAAAAAUGAGCAAUUGUCAAGCACCUUUAGAAAAUAACUUACAGGGCUGGAUUUUGACGCUUGCGUCUGGACUGGCCUGUUGUUUAGGAGCCUCUGUGGUGUUUUUGGAUCUUUUCUUUCAAAAGUUUUCGUACACACAAUAUCUACAAAUCGCUCAUAAUUCAAAAUUCUUGGUUGCUUCAUUAUCACUUGGUGCCGGAGUAAUGUUAUUCUCAAGUUUAUUUAUAUUACUAAACGAAGCCAAAGAGUAUUUUAGCAAAACUCCAAAAUUGAGAGAAUAUUCAGGAAUAAGUUUAAUUGCAUUCUACUUUUUAGGCGUUAUCGGAUCCGCGAUUAUAAAUAAACUUAUUCAUUAUGCAUUGAGUAGUCCUACAAUCUCACAUCACCACCAUCAUCACCAUAUUCCAGAUGAUAUUAAAAAACGGCAAGUAAAUAAGCAUGAUGUAGAAUCUCUCUUAACCCAAAGUGAAUCACAUGACGAAAUGUCACCAUUAUUAAAAAAUCAUGUGGAUAGAAUUUCAUCUCCAUUAUAUGAUGAAGAUAGUAACCAUUAUUAUAACGAAACCGCUUGUUCGGAUAGACAUUCGGUUUAUAUGGUUGAAAACGAACCUGAUCUCGAAUCUUUAUGUUGUCAUGAUUCUCAUGAUGAUCAUCAACCAAUUAAUGCCGAUCCGGAAAAUGAGCAAAUUAUGCGAAUAGGAAUUCAGACCGCUUUGGCCAUUUCCAUUCAUAAAUUUCCAGAGGGACUCAUCACAUUUGUCACCUCGCAAGUCUCACCAUCUAUUGGUUUCGCUUUAUUUUUUGCCAUUGCUUUGCACAAUAUCUCAGAAGGCUUUACCAUCGCUCUUCCAUUAUAUGUGGCAACAAAAUCCCGAAUAAAGAGUUUCUUAUAUGCAAGUUUACUAGGAGGUUUUAGUCAGCCAUUUGGUGCUUUAAUAGGAUACUUGUUCUUAAAAGAGUCUGAAAUUGCAUGUUGGGAUCAUAAUUUUAUUUAUGGUGCAUUAUUUUCUGCAGUCAGCGGACUGAUGGGAGUCAUUUGCAUACAGGGAAUGUUACCACAAGCCAUUAAAUAUGACAAUUCAGAUGGUCAACUAACGACCACAUUCUUUUUCUUGGGUGUUUUAAUUAUGGGAAGUAGUUCGGCUUUGUUUGACCAUGCUGCUUCGUUUGAACCCUAA